GAUUGGUGGAAACUGCAAGGACAGGACAGAAUCCUGUGUUAAUCCGGAAGUGCCGUGCUGCCGCCGCUGCUGCUGAUGUGGCUGGAGGCGGAGCAGUAAACAAGAAGAGGCACGGGAAGAGACCGAGCAGGGCUGGGGUAAUAUUACACCAGGACGGAGACGGCGACGCGUUCACGGUGGUCUGGGAGAAGUCCAGAUCUUGCUCGGAAUGUUCAGCCGUUUUUCUGAUCUCGCUAAUACAGUCCUUCAUGAGCUUUCUGGAGAUGGAGAAGGAUCUGAAAGCACUAUGGAAUCUGACCCUGUGCCAGAAUCUAGGACAGUGGAGGCAAUGUCGGACGACCAGAUGGAAACAAUGGCUCAUUAUGAGCGGUUGGUGAUACAGCUGAAAGAGCUGAUCCAACACAAGGAUGCAGAGAUCUCCCAGAAAGACACAGAGCUGCAGCAGAGGGAAACACAGCUUAAGGUGGAAAGAGAAGCUUCAGAUGCAAAAUUUACCAAAUUGAAACUUCAGGCAAAGGCUAAGGUGACAACUUUAAACAAACAGAUUGAGGAAUUUAAGAAAACAGCGGCUAAUAAGGUGAGCAAAGACAUAGGUGGAGAUGCAUGCAGUGAGGGGCAUAGAGAACUCCCACAGAGUAUACAGAGCAAUGAAGAGACCACGUCUAAACUACAGGAUAACAUUAAUGAGCUCACAAGGCAACUCCAUGACAGCCACAAGAACAUCAGUGAACUCACAAAACAACUCUCUGAGGGUCAAGAGACUAUUGCCUCCCUGACAACGAAACUUCAUGAGAGCCAAGAAAGUGUUAAUGAACUCACAAGAGCACUCCAAGAAAGUGGCGAUACUGCUGGGAAACAUCAGGAGAAACUGGAACUUGAGAUCCGUCAACUGCAGAGUAAGCUGGAGGAGCAGAGUGAAGGCCUGAGCUCCCGUAAUCAGGUGGUGGAGAUGUUGGAGCAGGAAUUACAGAGCGCCGAACUUCAAAAACAGGUUCUGUCUGAGCAGUUUCGAGAGAUGGAGCAGGAACUCUUGUCUCUGAGAGAAGCUCUAGUUUCUGAGCAGAAAGAAAGUGCUCAACAGACAAUACUGUACAAAGAAUCCCUGAAAGAAAAGGAUAUUGUGUGCCAUCGUUUACAAGAAGAGCUCGAUAAAGAGAAACGGGCCAACAGGGAGUUAGAGAAACUGAAAGUAGAACUCGAGAGAUAUAAACAAUCUCAGGAUGAUCUGGAGCUGCUUAGAAAUGAGCUGGAAAGAGAGAAAGAAGCAAAGAAACAGAUAGAAGAAGCAAGACAACAGUUGGACAUAAGAGCACAGCAUGAUUUGGAAGAAGUCCGAGGACAGUUAGAAAAAGGAGCCCAAGAGGAGAUAGAAAGGUUAAGAUCACAAUUGGAAACAGAGAAGAAAACUCAGGAGGAGUUGCAGAACGUGAAAGUGGAGCUAGAGCGAGAGAAAGUGAUACAAGAACAGUUGAAAGUGGAGCUGGAGAGAUUGAACAGAGCUAAAGAGGCGCAGGUGGAAAAUGAGAGCAGAAGUCAGCAAGAGGUCCAACAAACCAAAAAUUAUUUGGAUGAAGGGAAUGCUGAAUUGGAAAGUAUAAGAAAGGAGCUGGAAAAGGCAAAAGAAAGUCAAGAAGAGUUGUUAAGAUUGAGAGAAGAGCUGCAUAGAGUGAAGGAAUCUCUUAUUGACUUUGAUUAUGUGAAAGAUGAGCUAGAAAGAGGGAAGAAGUCUCUGGAUGAGUUGGAGAGGAUGAGACCAGCUCAUAUUGAGUUGGAUAUAUUGCAGCCAGAACUACAGGGUCAACAGGUUGAGCAAAAGAGUGAAACUCAUGAAGACCUGAGCAGAAAAGAGUUUGCACAAGAGGAUCUGGUCAUAGGCGGAGUAAACUUGAAAGAUGAAGGGGACGAAGGAGGAGGAGUGCUUGGAAAAGAAUUAGAUCUUCGGAAUAAUCUCAUUACCGGUGAUGAAUUACAUCAGGUGUCAUUUGCAAAUUUCAAAACACAAGAUGAAGAGACCACAGGGGUAGACGCUCAUAUCCCAUUAUCUACAGAGUGGUGCCUGGAAUCGGUGGAUGGUGAGCAGACACUGCAGUCCACGCUGUUGAAUGUGCAAACACAUUCACUGUCUCAGGAGAUUGUUCUUGAUUUUGCUGUAGAAGAAGUGAAAGAAAAACAACUGUCUCUCCUCAUGAUGGAUCUAAUGGAUACACAAGAAGAAGUAAACAAGCUAAAAGGACAACUUACAGUGGAAGGGGCUCCAAACCAAUAUACACCAUUUGAGCAAAUACUAGAAGAGCCUGUUAGUGAAAUACAGGAUCAUGACACUUCUGAGACCAAAAGUAAUGCAUCAUUAUUGACAUUGAAUAAGGAGAAUGUUGAGGAUCAAGGAGAUUCUGAGGUGUUGUCAAUGAAAGAAUUGGUGACAGAUCUUCAAAAUCAACUAGGGGUUGUAACUUCUGAGAAAGAGGCGAUAGCCUUAAAGCUUCAGACUCUGGAAAAAGAACAGACUAGUGCAGAUGAGCUGCCCCUGAUUGGGAGUGAUUUUGCAGAGAUAGAAAAGCAACAGUUUACCAACUAUGAAAGUCAGAAUAUACUUGUAGAACAAAUAAAUAGUUUGGAGAAUGAGUCAAAGUGUAAAGACUCAAAAAUAAGUGCUUUGCAAAAAGAUUUAGAUAAUCUGAAUUUGGUACUAUCUGAGCUAAAUGCUCUUUCAAAAUCACAGGAAACCCAGUUGGAAGAUCAAGAGAGGCACGUCAAAAGCCUAAAGGAAAUGCUUGACGUAAGUCAAAACAAAGAAGAGCGACUUUCCGAGGCACUUGCUACUAACGAGCGCCAAACAGUCUCUCUUCAAGAGCUGCUUUCUCAGAAGUCUACAGAGAUGCAAAGCCUACAGCAAUGUUUAGCUGAGAAGGACCAGCAGGUCGCAGAGAUUAGCCAUAGCCUAUUUGAUAAGGUGGUCCUACUAAAUGAAGACAAACAUUCCAUGAGAAAAGAGAUCAAGGCACUAAAAGAACAGUUGAGUUCAGCCAUCAGUGAACAAAGUGGGACAUUGGAUGAAUCACUAGAGAUAUUAAAGAUUGAAAAUAUAGAGAUUCGUCUACAAUUGGAAAAGACUAGUGAAGAAAAAUCUCAAGUUCAAGAGAUGCUUGAAUCUGUUCAAAGAGAGCUUGGUGAGCUGAAUAGUCAGUUGGAAAUGGUAACUUCCAAUUAUGUGCAAAGCCAAGAAAUUGUUAAAUCUGUUCAGGAGGAGCAAGAAAUGUUGAAAAUCCAACUACAAGAUCAAAAACUUGAGCUUCUGCUGAAACAGAAGGAACACGAUGAGCUGCAGACCCAGCUAGAAUCCCAGAGCCAUGACUUUGUACAGCAGUUGCAACUUUUGGCAGAGAAACAUCAGAGUAGCCUGGAUGCCAUUGAUUGUUUGCAAGGAGAGAAGAGUGCAUUAGAGCAUCAGCUGCACUCUUUCAAAAGUAUACCACAACAAAUUGACAUUGACUCAGGUUUAAAUGAGAAAGAGGACAUGCAGACUCAGCUAGAGUCUUACAGAAAAGAUAUUGAGCAGCUAAAGAGAAAAUUACAGGCGUCACUAGUCAGCAGAAAGGAACUCGCCAAGAAAGUGUCUAUACUGGAGCAACGUAUGGCAAAAAAUACAGAAGAACAUGAGAAGGAGUGCUGGAUUGGGAGUGCUGAGCUUGAAGAUAAAUCAUGUGUGCAGGAGGUAUCUGAGCAAAACAUACAAGAAGAGGUACUGAAAGACAAACUGACUGAAAAGGAAUUUGCAUUGGAAAAUGUCCUGAGUGUACUAGCUGAAAAAACUGCAGCUAAAGAACAGCUUCAGACUUUGAUUGAAGAAUUAACAGUAGAACUAAGUGACAAGUCAAAACAGAUUGAGUCAUUAAACAAAGAGCACAUACAAAGAUUCGCAGCAGAACCUGAAAGGUCAGAUCCUAUGGGCAUGAAUUCUGAAGAUCAAGAUGCAAAACUUAAACUGAAGAACAGAAUAACUGAGCUUGAACAUGACAAAGAAAACCUGCAGAAGAAAGUUCAAGAGGCAUUGAACUCUCGCAGAGAUACUAUUAAAAAAGCCCAAGAGAAAGAUCGUCAUCAUCGUGAGCAGCUAAAGCAGCAGAAAGAAGAAUUUAACCUCUUACAAGAAAAGUACAACACAUUACAGAAGAAUCAAAUGUCACCUCACGAUCAAGAGAGACUUCUUGAAGAAAGAGGGACACAGACAAGGAGGCACCAUCAAUCAGGAAAGCCAGAUGAUGCUUUGCCUAAUAUAUCAGAGGGACUGAAUUCAGGACUUGCCUCUCAUGGGAACACAGAAGAAUCACAUUGGGGAAAGGACUGGGUAGAGUUUUCGCCUGCAGAUGUGGUAGACUCACUUGUUGACAAGUCAUCUUCUUCAGAUAUGACCUUGAAGAGCUACCAGAAGCAGUUGGAUCUUUUUCAAACCCUGAGAAAUGAACUGGAGUUAAAAACCUUGCACCUAGAAGAGAAGCUUAAUAAAAGUUUGAAAGAGGUUUCGCAUCUACAAGAUACAGUAGAUGAUUUGUCUAGACAGUUAAAUAAUGAGCGAGAAAAAUGUCAGGAUUUUGAAGCACAAGCUUGUACUCUGAAAAUAGAGCUGGAAGGUAGCAAAGCAGAAAUUUCUUCGCUACAUGAAUUUACAAAAAGGAAUAUAAAAGAAGAGUUAACUAGUAAGACAGAGGAGGUUGGACAUCUUCAGCAGGAGUUGGAAGAACAACAUUUAGCUCUUCAGAAUGCUAAUAGAUUAUUGGUAGAGAAAGAUGAUUUAAUCUUGUCUCUGAAAACUCAGCUAGAAUAUCAAGCUAAAGAAUAUGAGGAACAGCAUAGAAAGCUUGAAGUACAGGUCCUUGAAGUACAACAAAAGCAUGAUCAAGAUGUAGAGGAAUCAAAGGGCAAGCAGUCGCUUCAGAGAAAGCUUCAGGCUGCACUGAUCUCCCGAAAAGAAGCGCUAAAAGAAAGUAAGGCAUUGAAAAGUGAGCUGGAUGCUGUGAAGAAUCAUAAGGAGGAACUGUCCAACAGAGUGCAAAUAGCAGAGGGUUCAGUUAACCAACUGAGUGCUGAAAGAGACACCCUAGUUAAAUCAUUGUCUGCCCAUAAAGAAGAACGUGACAAAUUAAUUAUAGAAGUUGACAAAUGCUUAUUGGAAAACCAGAAUUUGGAAGCUUCAUGUGAAAGCUUGAAGCUAGCUUUGGCGGGCAUCACACUAGAAAAAGAGGAAUUAAAAAAAGAAUUGGAAUAUUUGGGAAUAUCCCAAAACUCACAGACAUCAGAGUGGAAGGAAAAGCUGUCUGACUUGCAGAAAGAAUAUGAGACACUAUUGCAGUCCUAUGAGAAUGUGAGUAAUGAAACUGAUAGGAUGAAGCGUGCUGUAGAAACCGUGAGACAGGAGAAGCAAGAUGUCUUUAGUAAGAUGAAAAGUGUGGAAGCUGAAAAGAAAGAAGUAGAGAAGCAAUUGGAAGAGGCAGAACAGGAGAUUGAAGGUAUGAAGGAAAAGAUGAGGAAGUUUGCCAAAUCAAAGCAGCAAAAAAUACUUGAGCUGGAAGAGGAAAAUGACAGAUUACGGGGAGAGUUGCAGCCAACAACCAGGGAACAAAUGUAUGAUGCAGCUCAGGUAGAAAGUGCCAGGCUGAAAGAAGAGUUAGAGAAAGUCCGCUCAGAAUAUGAUAAUCUGCUCUUGCAGCUGGAAGUGGUCAAGUCUGAAAAGAAUGAUCAAGCUCAAGAAAUCGAAACUUUAAAGCUCCAGUUACACAGUGCUAAAUUGGAUUUGCAAAAGAUCCAGGAAGAGUAUAGAUCAGAACUACAAAAGGAAGUGAUUGGAAAACAUGAAGCUGUUCAGGUAGAUUAUCCUCCACCCAAAGAAAGUGAAGAGCUAAAUGGAGAAAGUCAGACUUCACUACAGCUUGUCCCAGAGAAUAAAGGAAACCAACAGAAAGAGAGCCUAGAAAAGAUUUCACAGCUUGAAGAAUUUAUCAUAAAACUAGAAAACAAUACAAAGACAAAGGAACAUGAAAUUGAGCGCAUGAAUGAAGAGAUCAGUCUUUAUAUGAAGGAUAAGCUACUGUUGGAGACUCAACUGACAAGUACUCAAGAUGAUGUUCAGAAACUGGAGAAAGAUAUUGCAGAUUUGGAAAAAAAAUUUCAAGUAGUUGUUAAUGACUUGGCUAUAGAAAACCGACUGAAACAAGCCAUUGAGCUGGAGAAAGAUGAACUGGAAGAGCGGCUGAUGAACCAGAUGGCAGAGCUUAAUGGAAGCAUUGGAAACUUCCAGCAAGAUGCAAUUGACUUGCAGAUAAAAAAUGACAGUUUGCAGCGAGAGCUAGAGUUCCUUCAACUCCAAUUGGAGGAGGAAAGACGACAGCUGGAAAGACAAACAGCUGAAGUACUGUCAGAGGUACAGAAAGAAUACCUGGAAAAGUUGAAAUCUGUGCAUCAGGGUGAAAAGGGUAGGAAAACCCAGUCGAAGGAGCUUCGAGAGUUACUCAAAGAGAAGCAGCAAGAGGUUCGACACCUACAGAAAGAUUGUAUUCAGUACCAAGAGACUAUUAGUGGGCUGGAAAGAACUAUUAAAGCCCUAGAAUUUGUGCACAAUGAGUGUGAGAAAGAAAAGGUGGCCUCUGUCGAUAUGGUAGCUAAAGCCGUGGCAAAUACAGAUAAAGCACAGGCUGAUCUAACAGCUCUUCGUGUGCUGCUUGAUGACACUCAUAGUGAGGCUGCAAGAGUCUUGGCUGAAAACACGAAGCUGAAGGAUGAAAUGCGGUCAAUAAUGGACAAUGCAACAUUAAUGUUGAAAAAGAAAGAUGAGGCUAUGGAACAGAGACUUGAACAGGAGAGAGACAAACAUGUGAAACAAAUGGAGAAUUUCCAGGAGAAGAUACUUUUGCUUCAACAAGAAAAAGAAAAGCUUGAGGGAUCUAUUGUCAACUUACAGAGCUCUUUGGAUGAAAAGAACCAGGAACUAAAGGAUCUACAGGGCAACUUAAAUCAAAAUAUAGCUAACUUGGCCGCGUUCACCCGUAGUAUGUGCUCUUUACAAAAUGACAGAGACCGUGUUAUUGAUGAGUCCAAAAAGUGGAGCAAGAAAUACUCCGACACUAUGCAGAAAAAGGACAUUGAGAUUAGUGAUAAGGAGAAAGCAUGUGUGGAGCUUAGAAAUGAGAUGCUGAACAUCACAUCACAAAUUGAACAACUAAAGAUUGAAGUGACCAGACUUCAGUCAGAGAAUAAGGAACUGAUUGCAACUGGGAAGAGUGAGACAGAGGUUCUGCUUAAGGUGCGAGAUUCCCUGUUGGAAGAGAAAGCGAUACUUUCUUCCUGUCUGGAGAAAGAGCAGAAUAUGCAUAGUGCCUGCCAAGAAGAGCUGAAACUGCGUAGUGAGGAAGCAAAUGAUAGGCUGAACUUGCUUGAAGCCACAAAGAGAGAACUGAAGGAGACCCAAUCUGAAAGGGAGAAUCUGCUGGGAGCAAUGAAAAGAUUAGAGGCAGAGGUCCAAGAGUGGAAAUUGCUAAAUGAGCAGAUCCAAAGUGACUUGCAGGCUUCCAAAUCUCUUGUAAACCAGCUGCACAAAGAGUUGGAGCAGAAAGAGCAACAUGUGGUGCAGUUGCUAAGCACUCGUGAUGAAGCUGUGAGUACAGCUGUUGGGGAACUGCAUGAUCUGCAUGCAGUUGAGUUCAAGGCACUAAAAGAGAGACUUGAAGAGGCUGAACAGGAGAGAAGAACAAUGAAAGAAAAGAUGGAUAAAUUAAAAACAUUGUUAAAAGCCACCAAGGAAGAGGCUGACCAAAGCAAGGCUCAGCUAGAUGCAUUCACAAAGUCCAUGUGCUCGCUGCAGGAGGAGAGAGAAAGUGUGCUGAGUGACUACCAAAAGCUGGAGCAGCGGCAUCUCGAUGCAAUUCUUGGCAAGGAUGGGUUAAUACAGGAAGCAGCAGCAGAGAGCAACAAGCUACGUGAGGAGUUAAGAUUCCUUCAUAGCCGCACUGAUGACUUAAAUGCACAGAAUGCUAAAUUGAAUGCUCAGUUAACUCGGUACCGGGAAGACUUGAAAGAGCUCAUCUCAUUGAAAGAUUCACAACUAAAACCGCUCCUGGGGGAAAAGUUACAGGAGAUUGAAAAGUUAAGACAAGAACAAUUUAACCAAGAGCAGCUGCUGAAUCAUGAGAAAGGCCAAAGAGAGAUCCUGCAGCAGGAGCUAGAUGAAACAAAGAAAGAAAAACAAGGACUACAGGUGGAGGUUGAUAGCCUGAAGCUCUGUGUAUCUCAACUACAAGCUGAGAAUGAGACUCAAGCAAACCAGCUUGGACAGGAGGAACAAGCAAUACAAGUGCUGAGAGAUGAGCUAUCACAGACACAGAAGGAAUUGACACAUGUUAAAGAAGAAACCUCCCGCAUUCAAGUAGAGGCCAAACAGCAAGUGCAGUCUGCAGAAGAUGAAAUGAAUAAGAAGAUGAGGAGCAUACAGCAUGAUACUGGGAUAUUGCGUAAUGAGGCCGAGACAGCUGAAGAAAGGGUAGCAGAGCUUGCAAGGGAUCUAUUGGAAGCAGAGCAGCGGCUGCUAAAUGCAGGAGAGGAGAACUCCACUCUUAAGGCCCAGCUUCAGGCCUUUGGAGGGUCAAUGAGAUCUUUGCAGGACAGUCAUGACUUGUCUCAAGAAGAAAUACAGAGAUUACAGGAGCAGCUAAAGGGAGUCUCUGCCCUGAAUAUGGAGCUUAGCACAGUACAAACAGAAAGGGAUAGUCUCAAAAUCAUGCUGUCAGAGAGCAGGGAACAGCAGCACAAGAUAGAACUGCAGGUAAAAGAACUUACUUUGAGUUUGCAAUCACGGGAAGAUGAGUUUAACAGAAUGGCCUCUGAUCUUCAAGUUUCGCAUCAAGAGCUUCAAAAUAGGUCCAAAGCCAUGGGCAGUCUGCAGGACAACUUUAAGGCGCCACGCAGGGAAGAGGAAAUAACUUUGCAGAGCUCUUACCAAAGAGAUAAGCUCUCCAAUGAUGAUUCCAGCAGUUUGUUGGAAGAGCUACAGAGUGCACAGACAGAAGUGCAGAACUUAAGUACUCAGCUCCGUGAUACGCUUACCCAAGUGCACCAUAAAGAACUCCGGAUCCACCAGCUCAAUGCCAAGCUUUCUCAGAUAUUUGAGGAGAAAAAUGCUCUGUCUGUGCAGCUACGUGGUAGCAAUCAGAACCUGAGAGAUGCCAUCAGCCGCUGUUCCUCUUUUGAACAACAACUACUAGAAAUGCAGCAAAAGAAUUUGGAGGCAUUACCAAUUGAUAGUGCACCUGGAGCACCACAGGAGAAGAAAGAGCCCCAAACAAAGGCAGACCAACAAAUGAUGGAGCUGGAAGAAAGGUAUCUAGAAUUAAAGCAACAGAGUACAGAGCAAGAACAAGUGAGGGCAGUUCUAGAGCAACAGCUGAGGGAGGAACGCCAGAAAGCAGAUUAUAGGAUCCAGGAAAUGGAGGAAAACAUGAAGAGGAUGACAUCACAUGACUGGUCAGCAUCUCAAGAGUCUGUUGUGCCACAUGAACUGUCACUGCUAAUGGAACCACACGAUACUACAAGCACUAAGGCUCGGAGUUCAUCGCUGCGAAGAUUAUUGCGACUUCUUUUCUGCUCUCGUACCAAGACCCCUCUGAUUACUUCUAUAUAUGUCUUAAUCAUCCACGUGCUGCUAUUGCUUUGCUUCACGGGACAUCUCUGAGAGGCAUAUACCUUGCCCCACAAAUGCCACCUGGGAACUAAGGGGUAACAUUACCACAUGCAUGCUGCAUUUAAUUGGGAAUUAGAGAGAGGCUCACAGUUUGUGCCAAUAAAUUAUUUUUAUUUAUAUUGUAUCCUGUGUUGUGACAUCACUGAAGCCAUUGUAUAAUAUUGUAACACUGAUUCAGGGCUACAACUCAUCAAACGCUAAAGUGAGUGGUCAGUGUAACUGAUGGAAGUGUCCAAGAAGUUUACAGCUUGCAAUAAUGUUGUUACCUCUCAGUAAGACUGUAACCUUGGGAUGUUUUCUCACAACUCCUCCUUGGAAUCCAGGUGAAAUGUAACUUCUGCUCCAAUUCACCUUUGUUGCCUUUCACUCUACUCCAAAGUCUGACGUGUACCCCUUGGGAGCUCAGAAAUGCUCUUUAAAUCUUCAGAGCCUUUUGUGUGUCUUCACCCUGCAACUUUUGUGCGGUGCGAUUGCACUAGAUGGGAGGAGAAAAGUCAUUUGAGCCUUUGUGUAUAAAUUGUGUAGUUUUACUGUCUCCUCUUUAUAUGUAACCAAUGAAUUUCUUUUUCAUCCUCUUUAAAGUAUCUGAAAGGACUGGAAAUUACUUUAUUUAUUAUCAUUAUUAUUAUUAUUGAUGGACUUAAUCCAGCAUUUCAAGUCCUUUACAUAAGACAAUACAUAGGGAUUACUUUCUGCAAACGAAUGCACAAGAGAGUUGCAGUUUGUCUCAUCAGCACCUCUUUCUGCCUCAGGCACUUCUAGGUGCUGUAUUUGGCAGGUCAUUUCCAUAUACACCAUGCAGACCUGUGCAGAUGUACAAGUGCUCUCUACAUGGGCAAACAUCCAACAAUAGAAAGAAGCACAUUUUGUACAGCAUCAAUGAAAGAGGCAGAAUCACAUGAGCAGCAUGCAGUAACUUGCUGGAUAGUAGCAUCUUGUCUGGAAGCGAUUAGUGUUCAUGAAUAGCACCAAUAUGGCCUCUGUGGUUGUUAUUACAUAGACUGCCAAGGGGGCUAUGGUGGAAUUCCAGGUGAUUAGUGGGCUCUAGUACACCCCUAGACAACAAGCUAUUAUCCAAGCUACUGGCAUGUAGACUUGGCAGCUUUCAUUGUGCCUUUUGUUUUACUGAAUAUGCUCCCUCUUUCUCCUGUGUAAUUAAGCAGCAGAUCUUUGUGGGCUUUAACCAAAACUGUUCAUAUCUGAAACAUAUCUUUAAUUUUGAUGUAUUUAUGAUCUUAAACAAUAAUCAUGGUAUUGCCACAUGUCAUUCUGCAUAAAUCUAAAAUACUGUGUAUAUGUAUAAUCUUACCUAUGUGUACAGUGUGUGUGUUCUCCUGUACAGUGUAUGUACAGUAUUCAUGCAUACCUUGUUUCUUGAUCUACAAAGUUAACAAGUGUCUCAUCUUUAAAUACUGCAUAAAUUGUGCAUCUUAUGUUUCAAUCAUCUUUUCUAUUGAUUUGACACUUAAUCAGUAUUGUGUGUACAUAAACUGUCCUCUCUCCACUUGCCUCCAACAGGGUGUGAUUAGAAGUUCUAUUGUUCCCCAUUUUCAGCAGGAUUUCUGUAUUGCGCCUAAAUUGCAAGUUCAAGGCUUGACGGAGGUGGUUUGUAAUAGGUCCUGUGGUGCAUAAUCCUUUGUAAAACUCCCUGUACAGCUUUCCUACCAUUCCUAAAUGUAUAGACCACGUUUCUACAAUGGCAGAUUGUGUGUGUCGCGCACUGUUCUAUUAUCUUUGGGAUAUUGUAUCUUCUCCCUCUCUUUUUGGACAUGGAGAUAGAAUGAAUUUGAAUGAUAUGGUAUCGUUGGUCCAAAUUUUAAUUACAAAUAAAAAUAUAUUUUUUAUUGAAA